UCUCUCUCUCUCCCUCUCUCGUUCUCGCUCGCCCUCUCCUGCUUGUGUAGUUAGUAUCCGCUUUGGUGCAUCCACAGCAUGCAGCCUAGAGUCGUGGAGUCCAGAGUGUCCUGAUUAUGUAAAACCAUGUAACUCACUCCGUCCGGGCGUCCUCACACCUCCAGCAUCCCGAGGACCGCGUCUCCCUAUGGCGGCGGGUAGUGUAAGGUCACAUGCGCUUCCUCUCAAAACCGGGAGAUGCGCGGGCUAGGAUGUUGGAGGGGGCUGGAGACAUUCGGCUUCCGUUACUGGCGAACCUCGCCUCCCCUUUCCCCUCGCCCUUUCCCGCACCCUCCUCCAUCAUCACGGGAAUCGGGAAAAUCGAAGCAGAUAAUUCGAAAAACGGUAGCAACAGCAAUUUUUUUAUGUCUGUGUGCCUUGUGCAUGCAGUGUAUGUGUGGUCCGCUAGGCAUAGUGCAUCCGUGGCGUCGUGUUAGUCGCUCGGUUGUUAGUUGCUCGCUGCGUUGCGUCGCCGACUGGUGCAUCUGCACAAUUUUCGUGUCCUUCGAGCACUAGACCGAGUCCUAUUGCUACUCCGCUACGCUGUCUCUACAGCCGUGCACGGAUGCGUGUGUGAGUGAGUGCAGAAACCCGCGAGGACACUGGAUGUGUGUUACAGAGAGACAGACCGAGAGAGAGAGAGAGAGAGAAAGAGAGGGAGAGAAAGCGAUUGUGCAACCCAAGGGAGGAAGAAUAGGGGAAGAACAGGGGAAAAUGGAGGCACGAGAGGAGUGUAGUGGCUGGCUAGUUUUCAGGGUCAGACGGUUUUAACUUCCUAGCAACAGUGCACCGAGACACGGCACGCACGAACACGGACUCAACAGCGAGACACCGCCGAACACUGGGACACCCGAUUCGCCCGAUGCCCGGCGUGUGCGUGUGUAUGUGUGUGUGUGUGUGCAUGUGCAUCCACUGGUGCUGGUGCAUGGUGCUACCGUGUGUGGUCCGUGGUGCAUUCUGUGCGACACCAGUUACCAUUGUCACUCUGGCCAGCCGCUUACGAUGGUGACGCUCCCGGUGUAAAGUCGUAACCGGGGCUGUGUGCUUUUGGAGCCAAACCAACCGACAGAAAAAAGGAGAAAAAAAGGAAAAAAAGGCAAUAGAAGCAAAGAUAAUACACUGUCGACUGUGUGGUGACUUUAUCGAAUAGUUAUAGAGUUGCAGUGAUACUUGUGGGGCAAGUGUGUGAGUGCGUACGUGCGUGUGUGUGUGUGCGGCACCGGGUCGAUAGUGGAGCCACGCCGCUAGCGAGACAUCCUUCAUCAUCCCCGGGACAUCAUCAUCUUCAUCCUGCCGUAACUGCCGCCGUCGCCGCUGCCGCCACAUCCGGCCGCCAUCUUUCCUCGUCCCGUCCAAACCAUGUGCUUUAGCGCACUAGACGCAACGGGCUAUAUCAGCAAUCAAACUUUAUCCUGCUCGCUUAACCAAUCAACCAAGCAGCAGCAGUAGUAGCAGGCGAGACAACAGCAGCAGUACCGCUUAGCACCUCACAAUCAAACACCCGUAUCCGGACCGGUCAACCAACGCUCCCCCCCAACCGCCAUCACCAAGAUGCUAUGUCUAGCGUCACUGCGUCAUGAUCGUUCCCCAACGGUCAGAUACGAUCGGGGCCGUGUAACCGUCCGGCAGUGGCGAUGGUUGACUAAGGUCCGGAUGAAAGGUGGACCCGGUGUUCGCCAGAAGUAAACGUGCCCGUGUUUGUCACCCGUUCGUAGUUCGCUUGUUUGCAUCGUAGUCGUGGAAAGAUGGUGACGCUAGUAGAAUACACCAUAUCUUGUGUGUCUCGCUCCGGAGCUUAGGAAGUUUGUGAAACGUUCCUUCAUCUUAGUGCGCGGUCCAAGUCUCGCUAACGUACGGGCUACUCUUUCCAGUUAGUAUACAAGUAGUAGUGUUGCGUACCAUCCUCUAUUCGGUGGACGUCUUUCCUGAAGACUUAGCUUAUCCAGUUCCCGUACACUGCAGUACACUUUAUUAAGUAGCUCCGUAACCAAUAUACAUGCUGUAUAUCCGCGCAAUCUAUGUAGCAAAACGAUAUCGUAAUAAGUUCUUGAACUCUUGUACGACGCUCGGAUGCCAGCGCGCUCGCCAUCUUGUCUCCAACCGCACCGCAGCACCAUCGGACUUGUUCAGCAUGGCUUCCUCACCGGCACUUCCACUGUACGCGAGCCGCUAUCCGACACCGAAUGGGUACCCGCAGCUCAACGGGGAGGUCGACGCGCCGCUCGACUUUCGCAAGGUGGAAUCAUUACGCAGAUUGUCGGCGCAGUUGUCAACCGCCCAUGGUAAACUAAUCAACAAUCAACCUCUACGGAGUAUUGGUGGGAGAUGGGCAGGGUAGCAGGAUGCCCCAGCCGUUGUGAUCAGGUGUGUGAUGAAGAAGGCGAGAUGUGUGUGUGUUUGUGUCGAAUGUGCGUCUGUGUGGCGUUUUGACGCGUAAACGCUGGAAAACGGGAACACUCGAACACGUCCAACAUUUAAGCAAUAUGGACAUAUCGAACAUUGCAGGUGUAGGUGACACUCUAAAGGGGCAACUACACCUUCAAUAGCAUCAUUAUCAUAAUCGUACAGCAAAGUCUUUCGCAUCGCAUUACGUGAAAAGCUCUCGCCAGAUAUAUCUAUAUAUGACGUAACUAAAUGGAGAUAUCCGGAAGUCUGACAUUUGACAGCGGUGGACGCUUCUGGACGCUGUCUGUCGCAAUGAUGGCGUAUCUGUAUCUGUAGAUUUACGCAAACGCUAUAUACAUUGAACAUAUGCUUCCAACUCGAACGUUUAUACAUAUGCGUAGCUUUUUACUUUCUACAAAUAUAUAUAUAUAUACAAACAUAUAUCCAUAUAUAUAUACAUAUACAACAUACGCAGAAAUGGUUGUGUGGUACAAUAAGCGCAGCUGUGUAGGCUCGCGACAAUAUAGCAUUAUGACCUGUUCGGUAUGAUAGAGCCGGCACAGGAACGACUGGUAGCGGUGUAUCGGCGACGACAUACGGUGUGUACAUUACGGUAGCAGGGUCCCCCGAGGAUACCGAUCGCGGACCUGCUAGCCAUCCCAUCUCAUCGACAAGAACUGUGCAUAAAUUAGUAAUGCAGGCGCGGCGCAUUUUCCGUUGCCUACAUCUAGAUAUAUCCAUACGUAUAUCGCAACUCUCAGUAUCAAAGAAAAAAAAUCCGCUCUUCGCUUUAGGUUUUUGUUUUUAUAUUCUUCCUCCUUGGGCACCAUACGCCAUCAAGAAGAAAGCCAAGUAAUAAUGGACGCUGAAGAAGAAACAAAAAACAAACAAAACCACUCAAAUCACUGUAAAUGGUUCGUAGCGUUUCAAAAGUACAAAGUAACCGUAGUUGGAGCAAUGGACACGCAACUGAGCGCCCCGCAAGACGUACUCUCCAGGAUCGUCCUGGAGAUCCCGCGUGGUCCGCCCGCGGCCACGCAGGGUUGUGAUUGCUCUAUUAAAGUAGUUUAGAACGGCACAGAUUUAUUUAGCGUACAGCCGACCGUAGCUAGCGAUGUACAAAAUGGCCUGCCUGUUGUGUAGGCGAGGACACACUUCAGACCCGGCGUCACCGGGUCGGGGUCGUGAACACAUAUCAGUAAACCACCACCACCAUCACCUGGGAGAAAAAAAAGCGCGGUGAUAGAGGCUUCACACUAUAAACAAGCCUGUCUGUGUGUGUGUCUAUGUGCGUGUGCGUGGAGAGGAUUCCCAUCUGCACGCCAAUGGCAAACCUAAAAACUGCUGUGAUACAGGGCCCGGACAUACCGGCGAUCGAUAAUGGCGGUUGACGUUUGGUUACAAAUUUUGACAGACGAGCAAAGUAACGGGAAGAUGAAACGUGUCCGUGUGCGUGCGUGCGAUGAACGUGUGAAAUGCGUUUCGCUUUUUUUUUUUUUUUGCUCCCUGGUCCAAUACCAAACUUGUGUGCCAAUUGUGCGAACCGAGCGACCAUGCUCUGGUCGAUGAGCUGUGUGCGAAUGCGUGCGUGUGUGACUGUUACAAUAAACCGAUCCUAAUGUAUGCGGAUCGGCUUCACGAGCUUCAAUCAAACCAAGCAACAAUCAAAAACAACCGGCACGAUGCUGCGGUGUGCGGUUUCGGACGACGACGACUACCACCACCCCGUCCCGUCUACACUGCCGGAUCGAACUCCGGACACUGGAUGGACGUUUUACUGGUGGUAGUAGUAGUAGUAGUAAUAAUGGUGCUCCAGCAACACCUGCCGUCGACGAGUGCGCCCUGUUACCUGGAGCGUAUCUGUGGAACAGCACCGACACCGGCAUCAUGGACCAGCAAUACUGUCUGCGCUGGAACAAUCAUCAGUCUAAUUUAACCACCGUGCUCACCACGCUGCUGCAAGAUGAGAAACUGUGCGACGUCACGCUGGCCUGCGAUAAAGGAAUCGUUAAAGCACACCAAGCCAUUCUGUCCGCGUGCAGUCCCUACUUCGAGCAGAUAUUCGUCGAGAACAAGCAUCCGCAUCCGAUCAUCUACCUGCGGGAUGUGGAGGUGAACGAGAUGCGCGCCCUGCUCGACUUCAUGUACCAGGGCGAGGUGAACGUGGGCCAGCACAAUUUGCAAAACUUUCUCAAGACGGCCGAAAGUCUCAAGGUGCGAGGACUGACCGAAAGUAGCGCGGACCGAUAUUCGGCCGAUGCGGACAAGCUGCGCUCGGAGCGGAUCCGGGACUCACGGGAUGAGCGCGAUUCCCUGACGUUGCCAAACGCGUCCAACAACAACAACAACACGAUUAGCAGUAACAACAACAACUCGCUACAUCAUGGGCCGCUGCGCGACAAGGAGCUUACCGAGCACGAUCAGCUCGAGCGCCUUCAGCACCAGCAGCAGCAACAGCAACAGCAGCAACAGCAAACACAACACCAGCAGCAGCAGCAACAGCAACAGCAGCAGCAGCAACAACAACAACACCAGCAACAGCAACAACAAUCGCACCAAUCGCAACAUCAGCAACCGUCGCAUCAAACGCACCACCACCAUCACCCGCACGUCGUCGGUUCCGGUGGUGCGGUCCAGCAACCCUCCCGGAGUGCGAGCAUCGAUCUGAUGCAGUCCGCCCUGGUGGACGAUCGCGACUACCUGCCCGCCGAGGAUCGGGAGAUCAGCACGGUAGAGAAUAAGAAGAAGCGUAAAAUGUCCACCACCUGUGAUAACUCUUCGCCCUCGACGCCCUCCCUGAUGAACGAACGGCAAGGAGGUUACGAAUCACAGGCCUCGUCGCACAGUAGUUUCAAGCAAAGUCCCAAACCGGACGACGAGUUUAAGGUGAGCUCACCGGCACCGGUGGUACAUCCGCUGGCGGGCCAUCCGCUGAGCGGCAUCAAGCAGGAGCUGCCCGAGUUACCAGUGCGCCAUUCGCUGUCCUCCGACCUGAUGCAGCCCCUCAAGUUGCCGCUGUAUGCUGACGAGAUGUCUGCGAGCAUCGGACUCGAACCGCACGCGCACCUCAACCACCUGCGCCAUAAAUCGAAACAUCCUAUACCAAUAAAUCUGAACGCGGACGAUAUGAACAACAUCCUAGCGCCCGGCAAUAUGGCGUCGCUCAACGAGAGCGGCGACAGUGACGCACACUUGUCACAUCCGGAUCAUCCAGACAAUAUUGAUGGUGACCGUAUGUUGCGUCUAGCGAUGGCGUCACGUCACCACCAUCAUCGUGCCGGUUUGCAUCAUCACGAUCUUGCUUCAGGAGUGGUUGUGAAUGCCGUUUUGGCAGCGGGAGGAGGUGGAGGUGGCUGCGUUAAUGGAAGCCGUGCAGGCGGUGCAGGAGGUGGAAGUAGCGAAGGUGCAGACUAUGAAAAUGCAGGUAGAGGAGGAGGAGGAGGAGGGUCAGGUUUAGGGAGUAGGGCAAGUGGUUCCGUUAUAGGGUCAGAUAAGCAACAGCAGAACCGUAGUAAUCACCACCGUUCCGAUUCGGCGGACUGUGUAGGAGGUGGAGGUAGUGGAGGACUCGGGUGUGACGGUUCGGCGGCUGCUGCUGCUGCCGCCAGUAUGCUUGGCUUCAGUACCGUCCCACUCCCGCUCGGCGGUAGCCUCGUGGAGUCCCUGGUCGAACAUCAUCGGCUGGCAGCGAGCCUAGGAGCAGCAGCAGCAGCAGGUGGUGGCUCAGGUGGUGGAGGAGUAACAGGAGGUAGUGGUGGUGGUGGUGGUGGUGGUGGGGCAGGAGGCGGCAUCACGAACGGGUCGCAGUAUGUUGGGGGACAUCACCUAUCCCAUCACCACAACACCAACUCCAACACCACCAACACCGGUCAUCACCAUCAGCACCACCAUCACCCACCGCACGCAUCACACCAUCAUCCUCUGCAGCAGCACAAUCACGCUGCGAGCAGUGCCUUUAACAGUGCCAGUGAUGCUGCACGCACGGGAGUGGCGGUGGCGGCAGCGGCAGCAGCAGCAGCGGCGGCGGCCGCUCUUAACGCCACUAGCCAACCGGAUGGUAGCAAUCGAGGCGGUAGUAAACCGUCUGCCACGUCCACGACCCCACCGACACCGGCGUCCUUAUCGUCGUCUUCAUCGUCCUCAUCCUCAGCAUCGUCGACUUCCCUGUGCGGUGGUAAUGGCGGUGCUGGUGGUGGUGGUGGCCCACCACCCGGCAGCUUCCUCGUAACAGGUGAUCCCUCCGACGGUCAGAUAAACCUAGGAGGUGGAGGAGGAGCAGGUGGUAGCAGUGGCGCUUCCGGCGGCGGUGGUGGUGGUCCCCUACGUAAUAGUGGUGGUGCGUCGGGGGGUGCGGCCGGCGGUGGUGGAUCGAGUACGACACGGCGCGAUCACAACAUUGACUACUCCUCACUGUUCAUACAGCUUACCGGUACCUUUCCGACGCUGUACAGCUGCGUCAGCUGUCACAAGACCGUCUCGAACCGGUGGCACCACGCCAACAUACACCGGCCCCAGAGCCAUGAGUGUCCGGUGUGCGGACAGAAGUUUACCCGGCGAGACAAUAUGAAGGCACACUGCAAGGUGAAGCAUCCGGAGCUGAGGGACCGGUUCUACAACCACAUCGUACACAUGUGAUUAAGCGCCGCCCGUAACAAGCAGCGACUGAAGUAUAAGAAGAACCUGUUCGUGUAAUAUGGGUGGGCGGUAGGUUGAACCAUAUUGUGGACCUUAUCCAGGUGUGAUGUUCGUGUGUUCUGAAAGAGCGAGAGAGAGAGAGAGAGAAAGAGAUGAAGUGAGAGUGAGAGAGCAUAGACGACAGGUCUACUAGCUCUAUUACUAAGUGUGAAGAACAGGGUUAGGGUUGCUGCACGUCGGAUUCAUUGGGAAGGACUCCCUAUGAGGGAGCUUAAACGUCCCAGUACUUGUCGUUGUUGUUCACCCACAGUAUGGAUGACACUUAUACAUAUAUAUGCGCGUAUAGACAUACACAUUCAUGCCUAGUGUAGUAGUGUUGCCUUCUUUGUGCGUUAGACGUGUUAUACAUACGCGUCCUGGCGCGUAGUCGACUACCUGCGCGGUGUGGUGGUGGUGGUGGUCGUAUGGUGCUAAUCGGUGUAGUUGGGGUGUUACAGAUAUAUACACGCACAAACUAAUGUGAAAGAAUCGUCCCCAUUCCAGAAUAUAAACAGUGCCCCCACAUGGUGUACUACUGUAUAGUUUGUGGUCUCAUAUGCAUGAGACACUCUUACACACUUUGUUGAUGGGUUGAACCUUCUCUCUUCCGCCUAUAUGUUAGAGAACCAAAUACAGGAACGAGAGAGAUAAGGAUAAAGUAAGAGCGAGAGAGAUAGAGCGAGAGCGAGAGAGAUAGCAACAAGUACUCGUAGGGAACAGAAUGAUCUUAAGAUAAGAGGUUUAGUAAGUAAGAGGUAUCCAUAAUUACAGUUUGUCUAGUGGACGAUGUUGUUGAUCAGGAUUUUUUUUUUACAGUUUUGUUAUGCGAUUUGCAUACCUCUCUAGGCGGUUAUUGGCAGCUUAUUGGACGAAUUUUGCUCUGAUGGUAGGCGUCGAGAACUUGUGGGAUAUAAGCCCUUCUUUCUGUUAUCCCACGUACGCGAUCGCUGUUUGAAGUUGAUUUGAUUCGUACUCGCUCUCUAUAGCUCUCUUUCUCUCUUUUUAUCUUUUUUCCUUCUCCUGCUUAUACUUAUAACUCUUUUAGCUAGUUCAUUCUGUAUGUGCGUUGUCGUCUAGACAGGAUGCGGCGAUGGUUAGCUGUAAUUGAUUUUCUGCAUAACUAUCUCUAUCUCUCUCUCUCUCUCUAUAUAUAUACAUGAUCUUUAAAAAUGGCUCCAUUUGCAGCAAAGACGGGGUUACUCUAAUUCGUAGUGCGUUGCCUAUUUCAAACUGUAGUCGUUGUUGCGUUCUCGUUUACGUUGUCUCGUUGCGCCCGUGUCCUUUAUCCCACCCUCUCUCACACACAUACAUAUUCUCUUCGUUGCUGUGGGUGCGUGCUUUUAUCUACGUUUCUAGUAAAAAUUAACGAAACCAAUACCCAACCAAACUAUGGUAGUAAAACUUUUUAGGAUUGGGGUGAGGGGGGGGGGGGAACAAGAAAAUACAAAUGGGAAGCCAUUUUUAGUAACAAUUGUGCUCAGGCAAUUAGAGUGCUUCGCGGUUUAGGUGUAGAAGUUGAAAAGUUUUUUAGUGACGAGCCAGCAUCUUACAGGAACAAAAACAAACACACACAUACAUAAACACACACACACACACAUAUACACAAAUAUAAUACAGCCAAUUAUAUAUGAAAUACAAAAUGUAUACACAUUCCGACACAGAAAAGCUAACAGAGGAUAACAGUAACCGAAGCAGCAGAUUAACAAGAAGAAGAAGCGAAAACCAGUAGAAGUAUCUACAAACACAUAUACAUUUAUAUUUUUAUAUGAUAUGGAAACUAUAUUUAUAUGCGUAGGUGGCCCUCCCCCUGGUAACAAAAAGAAGGAGAAGCAGACGAAGAAUAACAAAAGUCAACAGAAAAUAAAUCCAACAUAAACUAGUGAACUUACCGAUAGUGUACCAAUUUGCGUAGUUGAGAUAGAUUUAUAGACACAAACAUACACAAAGGAAAACGAAAACAAAUAAUAAAAUACUUAUGUAUCCAAUAAUCCCAACUGCAAAAAGAAAAGAAAAAGAAAAAGAUGAAUAACUAAUACUCAUACAAAAUGAACAACAAUAGAAGCCAACUCCCCAUUUAAAGGAACAAAAGAAACAAAGCGAACAAUGCAUAGUAUUAAACUAAAUAUUGAACUGCUAAACGAAAAAGAAAAAAAAA